ACCCAUUCUCUCUUCUCGUCGUUUUCCCAUCCCUGUAGAGACUCAACCUCCCUGUUGAUUGCUUACUUGCCCACUUCUGCUGAGAACAAUGCAGUCUGCUGUUGUGCUCGCUGCUCUUGCAGCGUUUGCCGGAAGUGCUCUGGCACAGAAUACCCUGAUGGUCGAUGAUAAUGAUCCGCUCAUCGAUUAUGAGCCCUCAGGCGAGUGGACAGUCCUGAAUGGCUCCACUAUCGGUGCCUUCGGUGGCACUCUCCACUUCACCGGGUUGAGCGGUAACACGAGCUCUCCCACGAGCGGUGUUGCAGAAGCCACCGCUACGUACACGUUCUCCGUCCCCGCCACCGGGUUUCUCUGGAUGGGCUACCAACGUUCUGAUGCGGGUCUCUACCAGAUCUGCUUCGACUGCGACGGCAACAACCCCAUCACCGCGCAGGUCGACGCGCUCAACACCACCAGCACUGGUAGCGACUUUCCCGUUACGCUGUACAGUAUCAGCACCCUGAGCUUCGACAUCCACACGGUUGUGAUCAGCAACCUGUUCGAUUCCCGCCACGGGUCGUACGGGCAGAUCACGAUCGACGCGUUCGAGCUUACAGGCGUGGCCAGCAACACCAGUAGCAGCAGCAGCUCCUCGAGCUCUUCGUCUUCGAGUUCCUCAUCUUCAAGCUCAAGCUCCAGCUCAAGCUCAUCCAGCAGCACCACCCCUUCCGUCCCUACCACCCCUAUCGCCCCUCCCAUCUCGCCUCUCUCCAGCCCGACCGCCGCGCCGCCGAAGAGCGGGGCCAUGGCCCGCUUCGGUGUCCCCGCGUCUGCCGUCGCGCUCCUCGCGACUCUGCUCGCCGGUGCCCUGAUGCUGUAAAAAGCGUAACUGCGCCCAUGUCCACCUCCGAUCCCGACUCAUCAACCCGAGACGCUGAGUCGGAACCGUCCUCCUCACGAAAACCGAGAAAACCACACUACUGUUCUAUUGUUGUCGAAUAUCCCUUUGCAUGUGAUGCAGGUCGGCUUUACACCUUUAUUUUCUACUUUUUAGGUAUGAAUAAUUGAUACC